AUGAAUGCCUAUGGAUCAGAAGACAAUUCAUACUGUUAUUUUCAUCCCAAAGAGGUUGUUGUUGGGGUUUGUCCACUAUGCUUGAAUCAGAGGCUCCUCAUAUUGGCUGCAAAGCAAGGUAACCUUUCUUCAGCUAGAGCAACUCAUAGAAAUGAAGGUACACCACACAAGAAGCCACCCAUCAACCUUCCAAAGAUUUUUGCUUUUGGUUCUUUGCUAAAUCGGCUUGAAUUUCGUCACUGGAAGUCUGAUAACUCCGAUCAUGACGCUGCUUCUACCAGUCAAGAAGACUCCUUUAUAUCAAUCAAGUUUGAAGACAAUGGUGCUGCCUCAUGGGAAAAGGGCGCAGUUUCUAAGGUCUCUAUUGAGUCUUGCAGCAAGUCAUGGAAUCAAAAUCUCAACAAGGAAGCCGAACAAGGCAAAGACAUUAAGGAGACCAUGAGUGUGAUAGAGCAUGCAAAACCUCAUGCCUCGCUGAGGUGGCGAAAGAGGAUUGGCCAUAUGUUCCAGCUAAUCAGAUGGAAGAGGUCCAACAAAGAACACAUGUGCCAUGUGGGCACCAAGGUGGAGGGAGUCAAGAUGAGAAAUAAGGGCUGGAUAAGGACUCUGACAAAGAGAAGGACCAAAGAAUAA